AUGAUGCAGCGCGGCAGAGACCCGGCGCGGACAUUCAAAACCAUGGCGGAAGACUCGAUUAUAGUCAUAUCAAACUCGGAGGACACUGAAAAUACGUCCCCAGAUAUCAGCGUAGACCCCGCGGUGAGACGGUGUCUCUCGUUUUCGUCGGAAAAAGAUAUUAGCACUGCGGGGGAACCGAAGAGGGCGUGUGAAAUCCUGACGUUACAAAGUGUUCCCGACGCCCCGAGUCCACGUCCAGAAUCUUUGGAAGUUUCUGAACAACAACUCACACCACCACCACUGGGUGUGAAGAUAUGUUUGAAGGCGAAAAAUGCGAUUAACUUAAAAGAUGCCACCCCUAAAGAAAACGGUGUGAGUAAUGUGGAAGACAAGGAAAACGCUGCCGUGCCCCCAAUAACCAUGACUCAAGAUAACACACAAGAGGACAACACUUCUAGUCUGGGAGGUUUUCAAGACUCCAGUGCCAGUAAACAGAACACCGACGCAGAGGACCGAGACGCUGAGGUUUUGAGAAAAGCACAACAGGAGGGCCGUGUGAAUGUGGUGUUCCCCGGCACCGUGACUCAGGAAGGCUGCUGCCGCUUCGUCAGCGAGAUCCUCAAGUGCAUUCUCUAUCAGAGACAACAGCUACCCAUGACGUACGACCAGCUGGUGUACUCCCAGAAGAAACAGCAAGCGUCAGUGCAGGAUAAAGACACGGUGAGUCGGAGGCCGGUGCAGUCUACAGACGUGGAAUCGCGCAAGUGUCAGCAGACCCUUCAGGAGCUGGAGGAGGUGCUGCAGCAGCUGGAGGUGCUGUUCUCCGUUAGCAGGGUGCCCCGUGUGCUACUGUUAAUGGGCGGCUCCCUCAUACUCCCCAAAGAGCUGUACGAGAUCAACAUGGAGGCGCUGGCGUUGGCCAGCGGAGAUCGAUGCCUGCGCGUGUCGUCGUGCCUGAGGCAACUCUUCCGCACUCUUUUCGUGGCCGACCUUUUGUCCGACACCAGACCCGUUCGCUUGAUGCCCACCACGGUCUUGGCGCUGGCUCACAGGGAUUGCGGCGUCGGCUGGUUCCGCCCUAAGCUGCAAUUUAAAGUCCCAACUCGCGUAAAGAACCGAAUCAUCGCUCUGUCUACCGAUCCCAGCAUCUUUGUGGAACCAAGGGCAGAGGGCUCAGAGGGGCAGGAUUAUGUGUGGUUUCAAGCCCCCAUGACUAUUAAGGGCUUCAGCAACUGAACUGAUGAAAUUUGGGAAUACUCUAGGACUGGAGCUCCCUUUUUAAAAAGCUUAAAUUUUUAAUUGAGCUGUACAUAUUUUAAUUAAGAGUUACGUUUUUUCAUAUUUUUGAUUCAAUAUCAGUUUAUUGACCCAAGCAGUUUGUCUUUUUUUUUUUUUUUAUUGUCUUCUGAAUUACAGACAGAAUACAUUGUGGUCGCCAAGUGAUGAAAUCUAUGAACACUGUGCUAUUGAUUAUUUAUAAAAAAAUAUUUCACUUAUUACAACGCAUCAACAUGAUAUCAGUGCAAUACAUUUUUCUGAGCACAACUUGAAGCAUUUAAUCAACUAUAUUGCUUCAUUUAUUCUGAAUGCAUAUAGGUGCUAGUAUUAACUGUGCAUGUUUACUUUCAAAACUCUGCAAUAAUCAAGCGACAUGACGCAUUGUAGUGUGGAGAAGAUCCAAGCUACAAGGAUCAACAUGUAUCCCAUUUGGAAUAAUCAA